CGUGCUAAUGGUCAAUGGCUUCCAUUCGGUCAAGCUAGGCACAUAUGAGCAAGGCAGAAUCCAAAGCGAUCAGAUGCGAUAUGAUGCGAUCGGCUGCUAGAAUCAUAAAAAUAUGAUCGCUUGAGCGCCGCACGAUCACGUUAGAAAUCUGAACUCCUGGCUUGAAGCACCAAUCGGCCGCGAAUUAUGUGCUGAGAAUCAUUUUGCACAGAAGACCUAACGACGACGAAACGGGCAGAACGUAACCGUUACGCACCAUCUCAUCGACCCAACGUACUGGUUUUGGACCUGAUGCGAGGGUCACCGGGGCUCGUCACGACGCCGCGGGACACACAUCGCACUAGGUGACAUGCCUAGCACUCGUGAUAUCGAAAGAGCUGAACGUAAUGGGAGAUUUCGCUCGCGAAGACGAGGCAGUACAGGCAGCGACUUGAAUCGACAUAGCUUCGACGGUCCUGAUAAGCGUCACAGACGGCAUGGCAAAAGUAAGGGCUCGGGAAAGAAGAAGAAAAAACGUUCACGCGACAAGUCAUUGGAGAAUGUUCCGACUGUAGCCUCUUCAGUUGUGAAGCCAUUGGUCGAAUAUUCGGACGUAAGUAGUGAGGAUCUCUCCGAGCCAGAGGCGGGGGAAAUACAAUCGGAGGAUAGUCGUGGCAAUAGUUACACUGACGGAGAAGUGCAGUCUGAACAGUUGCUUCAAAGGCGAUAUUAUGGCGGUAGCCCGGUACGCACCCUCGGAGCGUCGCCCAUCAGCAUAUCACCGUCAUCGCCACUUCCGCAUCGGCACUCCGGCAGGCAUUAUUCGCCGAACGAGCAACAGCAGCAAUCAGCGAUGCACAGCGGGACUCCGGAAUACGAAGAGGACUCUAGACGAUACGCUCGGCGGAAAGAAAAGAAGCAUAAACGCGAGAAGAAGAAGAAGAGAAGUCUGAGCCCAUCGUCAAACUCCGGUAAGAAAAAGAAGAGGAAAUCCAAGAGGCACUCCGACAGCAUGAGCCCGCACCACGUUCUCGCCGAGGGCGAGAUCGAUCUGAGUCCGGAGCACGAGAAGCAGUCGAUGGCCGUUGCUGGCAAUUGGUCAGAGUCCCCGCCUUUGCCGUUGAAGGACAGCACAUCGCCGAUCUCGCCAGCAACGCCGCAAGAACAGCGAUGUCUCAGCGACGACAGGGAUCUCGAGAUCUCGUCGAGACAAUCAUCUCGGAACUUGACGCCGCCGUUGCUGCCGCCCGUGCGGCAGAUAGAGUCGCCGCAUACGCCGUUAUUGCCACCGCGCGCAACCACACCGGAGAAUCUGGACAAAGCGGCCGCAUCCAAGCACAACAGUCCCGAUCGGCAGAAACGCAGUCCCAGUAUUCACGUGGUACGACGCUCCAGCAUAAGCCCCGCGCCUGGCGGCCCGAGUCGCAGACGGCCACACAGCCCGAGUCCGCCGUCGAGACGAAGGGAUCACAGUCCGCCACGUAGAAGAGAUUUCAGUCCCACCCCGAUGCUCCACAGGCUCAGGCAUAGUCCGAGUCCGGCCACGGUCAGACGACGAGAGUUCAGUCCGAGCCCCGUUGGCAGUCAUAGACGGCGAACGGACAGCGGAAUCAAUUCUCCGAAACGCAGACGGCGAGACGAGCCAGAUCGACGCCACCGACAUCACGAGAAGGACAGGAGGGACAAGCGGAAGUCGAGAUCGACCAGAAGUCCCACGGGAAGCAGAUUGCACAUGCCUCUGUCUCGUUCACGUUCUCGCAGCCCGGGAAGGUGGCGAAAGCUGUCGCGCUCGAGAUCGCGUUCGCGCAGAAGAAGUCGCACACCGAAGAAAUCGCGCUCGCCCAGUAAGACCCACAAGUCGUUGCGGAAGCACAAGUCGAAGAGCCCGCGUCCAAGAAUACCUUCUCCCACGUCACACAGGUCGCGGGCCAGAAGUCCAUCGAGCAUCACCGCGCGGAAUCUUCGAGUACAGGCGAAGAUCAGCGAGACCAGUUUAUUCGCCGAGCUGGUAAAAGAUCGCAACAUGCGAGAGUUGGCGUACAAAAGACUGCAGGCCGCGAAGGAGAAGGCGGUGAAUCAAGACGAGGUGCAAAUCAUAGAAGGCACCGACGAGAAGGACGGCGGCGGUGGCAGUGGCGUCGGCGUUGGCAGUGGCAGUGUCAUUGGCAGUGGCAGUGGCAGUGGCAAUGGUAGUGGCAGUGGCAGUGGUAGUGCUAGUGGCAGCGGCAGCAGUAACAUGUCCUCCGAGAAUAAAGCUUCCACUGAUAAUAAGGACAGAUCUGUGAAUCACAAGGAGCAGCACGCCAAGACCGGCGAGAGCGCGUCGGCCAAAAGCAUCGACGUCGUCGACAUUCCCGUACCAACGAGCGACGACAGCUCGCUGGCAGGUAAAACACCGCCGUUGCCGCCGAUCGGCACACCGAUCGGCGCACCGCCGCCCAAUCCGAUGUCCACCGCGGCAAAUCCUCUCGUUUCUCAUGCAGUUGUACAUACCUCGCCCUCGUCAUCGAUGAUGCCGAACAGCUACCCGACGCACAGCGUGUCGCACAGCCCGAAUUUUCCGGCGCCCGGCCCCGCUCCUGGUGUGCAGCCGCCGCCGCCGCCGCCACCACCGUUGCCACCACUGCCGCAAUCCGUCGAAUCCGCGUCGACAGUGCCGCAAGUGUCGGCACCUAUACCCAUAUCAGUGCCGCCGAUUCCGCCAAUUCAGCCCAAUAUAUCGGCCCUACCGCCACCAAUCCCACCGAUUCCCGUUCCGGCACCCAACACGAUCAUGGCCAAGUUUAACCCACCUAACAAUCUUGUACCGCUCAAGUCGGUGGAUCCACCCAAGCCUCCCAUUGUAACGUUUACGACAAAGAGCUUGAAGAGACUACCGUUGCCACCUGGCAUUAAUCAGAACGACUUGGAAAGCAUAGACUCCCCACCGAGUCGUUCACCGAGUCCUCCGAAUAAGGCGCAAUUGAAAUUGCCGACGUCGACGACGAAACCACCGCAGAAGAAGGGCAUCAAAGAUCUGCCGAUGCCACCAGUCGUACCUGGAUCGGAAGACUUGAGUGGCGAGGACGAUCCGAACGCAACGCCGCCGCGUUUGAAGAUCGAACGAGUGGCGCCGAAGCCCAAGCUAAAGCGGCCGAAGAUACUGAAGCGUAGAGGACCACGGAACUGUCUCACUCCCGGCGGCAAGGACUGGGGCGAGCGAUGCGUCGACGUGUUUGAGUUUAUCACGCAGAUUGGAGAGGGCACUUACGGCCAAGUGUACAAAGCACGUGACAAACGUGCCGGCGUGCUAGUGGCCUUGAAGAAGGUCCGACUCGAGAACGAGAAAGAGGGCUUCCCUAUCACAGCGGUUAGAGAGAUCAAGAUUCUACGGCAACUUAAUCACAAGAACAUCGUUAAUCUCAGAGAAAUCGUCACCGACAAACAAGACGCACUGGACUUCCGGAAGGAUAAAGGCUCGUUUUACUUAGUUUUUGAAUACAUGGACCACGAUUUGAUGGGUCUACUGGAGUCCGGUAUGGUCGAUUUCAAUGAGAUGAAUAACGCUAGUAUCAUGAAGCAGCUGCUGGACGGCUUAAAUUACUGUCACGGCAAAAACUUCCUGCAUCGGGAUAUCAAGUGCUCCAAUAUCCUGAUGAACAACAAGGGCGAAGUGAAACUGGCCGACUUUGGAUUGGCGCGGCUUUACAACGCGGAAGACAGACAGAGACCGUACACCAAUAAGGUAAUCACUCUGUGGUACAGACCUCCUGAACUAUUGCUGGGAGAAGAGCGUUAUGGACCGGCGAUUGAUGUGUGGAGUUGCGGAUGUAUUUUGGGCGAACUGUUCUCGAAGAAACCUUUAUUCCAGGUAAAUAUUGCCAAUGUAGAUAUGAUGCAGCUAGAGAUGAUUUCGAGAGUUUGCGGGACGCCUACUCCUGCCGUUUGGCCUUCUGUGAUAAAGUUGCCGCACUGGCAUACACUCAAGCCAAAAAAGAUGCACAGAAGACGUCUGAGGGAGGAUUUUUCAUUUAUGCCAGAUCCGGCCUUGGAUCUCUUGGAUAAAAUGUUGGAAUUAGAUCCGGAUAAGCGGAUAACGGCAGCGGAUGCGCUCAAGAGCGCAUGGCUAAAGAAUGUUCAGCCUGAACAAAUGCCAGCGCCGCAGCUUCCGACUUGGCAAGAUUGUCAUGAACUGUGGAGUAAAAAGCGAAAGCGCUUGUUACGGGAGCAACAAGAGAGCGCAGCGACCAAGAUGCCUCUCGUUCCGUACCCGAAUAAAGGAGGUCCUCACAAGGAUGAUCUGUCGGAUGUUGGGGGGUAACGGUAUCUCUCCAAAGAAUUAAUCCAACAAACAGCAGGCGACAAUUAUCUUGGGAAAUACUUAUUUUACCAGCGUCCAUUCUAUGAUUCAUAUAUAUGUAAAAUAAUCACAAAUAUAUGUUACUAUCUCUACUUAUUCCACAGAUAUUUUUACUUAAUUUUUACGAACUUUUUUUUUUUUUUUUAUAGAAGCUCAAUACAUUUUUGCUAUUUAUUAUUUCUAGAAAUAGAUACGAAUAAAUACGAACUCAGCUCACUAAUGUAUAAAUACAAUAUUGAAUCAUGUUUCUAAUCGCAAAUAAAGUACAAUGACAAUAGUAUACAUAUGAGAAUGGCAUAUGAUAAUUAUGAAGAUUGUUUAUUCUGUUCAAAAUUUAUAUAACAAAAAUAUAUAUAUGCGUAUUCUCAUAUAUAUUUCUUUAUAUAUAGCAAUGAACUCUUUUCCUUUUUAACUUUGUUUUUAUUAUUAUAAAGUUAUUUCUCUUAAUGAUGUAGGGCGUGUAGGGAUAAUAGUGAUGUAGCAAAAUCAUGUGACAUUUUAUGUACCAAAGUGUAUAAUGUUUUCUGUUAUAUCUACAUGACAAUAUUAAUUAGAUACAUUGUAAAUCUUUUCUCAAGGAAAAGAGAUGAAAGAAUAUGUGUAUUUGUCAGAGAUUCAAAAGAAAUUAUUGAAAGCCAAUAAAGUUUCGAUCCUUAUAUAAUUUGAUACCUUCAAUGUACCAAAUAGACCACAGUGUAAUGAAACAAUCUUCACAUGUAAAUGCAUAUUUCAAAAAUAUAUCAUAUAUUCUGAGUUUUGAAAAACCUUUUUCUUUUUUUUUUUUUAUUGUAAUGUACUAUCUACAAUACUAUCUACAAAGAUGUGUGACUAAUUUUGUGUAAUUUCUCGUAGAUCUACAGGUAUACAUACAUACGUAUAUAGUGAAUACAUUUGUAAAGGAUAAUAUAAAAUGAUUUGGAAAAUAUAAUUUUGAAACGUAUGACAUUUUUACAUAUAUGAUUUUCGUUUGAAGAAUGUCUGACAAACUUGGAAUCUGAUGACAGUCAUUUAUAAAAUAUAUAUUCUUAUUCUAUUAAUGUUUAGUCUGUUGUUAACAUUUAGUAAAAUAGUUGAUGAUAGAAAAAAAUAGCUGAAAUUACAAUGUUCAAUAUUGACAAGAUUUUUUCUCUCGCACUCCCUUCUUUUUCUCUUUGAAUGUAUGAAUUUUCAAAAAUUGCUUCACAUUUUUUAUACGAAAAUGUAUAUAUCAAAUAAAAAUUGUUAUUUAUAUCGUUGGCGAAUAUUGUUUCAUUACGCAAUGUAUAAAAUAUAAUAAUAAAUAUUUUAUGAGAAAGAGUGAGCGUGUAUGUGUGUGUGUGUGUGUGUGCGU